ACGUCUUUAUUACUGAAUCAUGGUCAACAUUUUCUCUCCUCUCUCCAAUGAUCACUCUUUAAGUGUCACUCAACUUUCCUGGGUACUAAAUUUUGGGUACUUCACAUUCUUGAUCAACUCUUGCGGUACUAAUUUUUCAAUGUUUUUGGGUAAAAAUUUCAAAGAUUAAUGACCAAAUCAAGCAUUGUAGUUGUUAAUUAGUGCUUUCCACCUAAACUCAUUUUUGUACUUCCACUAAACUGCAUUCUCUUGCUUUUCCACUUUAAUUGCCUCAUCUCUUUCUUAAAUUUUCUGGGUUUGUCUUGGAAAUCAAAGUUCUUUCUUUGAAAUUCUUUCAAUACCCAUGUUAUUUUUUAGAUUUUUGGUGCAAUUUACACUUUUAUUUCUUGAAAUUGUACUAGUUUCAAUUGUGGGUUUAAGAAUGAGAUGAAAAUUUUGAGUUCUAAAGUCAAGGUUUUGAGGUGGGAGAUGAUGACUUUGUUGGUGCUCAGAGUAUUUGUUAUUGUGUGUGCCCUCGCAGCUCUUGGAUCUGCAGAUCCAAGAGACCACGCCGCAGGUGAUGCUGUAUCACCUUCAGUUACGCCUGACUUCAGAAGCGACAGACAUGGAUAUCCGUUUGCAGCACCUCCUAAAAUCGCAUUCAAUUAUUUUUCUCAUAGAAGUCAUUCUAAUAGCAAAGCUCCUACCGUGCACGGUUCUAGUACGCUUACAUUUGCCUCACCUGCACCUUCUGUAUCACCUUCUCGAUAUGUCUCAUCUUUCAAAUCACCUUCUAUACAUGUCCCUAAACAGAUCAAUUCUGUGGGAUCUUCCGAUGGAAAUACGUAUUCUUUGCAUCAUCAUGGUCAUCAUCAUCAUUCAAAGAAACAAUAUGUAAAAUCAGGUGCAGGACCAUCAUACCUGCUUUCUCCUCCGCCACAUGGUCAUCAAUCUAUGCACCCAGCGCAUGAAAUCUCUCCAUCUCAGUCUCCAUCUUCUUCAACCUCAAGCCAGAACUCACCUAUGUCUACACCAUCGUCAACAGAGUGGAAAUUGCCAAUCCAUUCACCCUCAAUCUCUCCUUUGAGCCCGUCAGUAAAGAUGAUUCCUCCUCCAUCUUCAACAUUUGUAUUACCAUCUCCACCUCCAAAUCAAGAUUGUACAGCAAUAACAUGUACAGAACCAAUGACAUACACAACAUCUGGAUUUCCCUGUGGUUGUGUGUGGCCAAUGCAAGUAAGAUUGCAACUCGACAUUGCUCUAUACACAUUUUUCCCUUUAGUCUCUAAGCUGGCUACAGACAUUGCAUCAAGCCUUUCUCUUAACCAAAGUCAAGUUCGCAUCAUGGGAGCAAAUGCUGCCAACCAGCAGCUAGACAAAACGAUUGUUCUUGUAAACUUGGUUCCUUUACAAGGAAAAUUCAAACACGCAGCAGCGUUUUCACUGUAUGACAAGUUUUGGCACAAGCAAGUUCAUGUAAAUCCGUACUUCUUUGGUGCUUAUGAUGUGUUAGACGUUCACUAUCCAGGUCUUCCACCUUCUCCACCUUCCCUUUCUUCAAAUCUUGCUGCUAUAGAUGACCAUCCUUAUCCGGCUAAUUAUAAGGGCAAUAGUGGGAGUUCAUUAAAGCCUAUGGGGGUUGAUAUACCAAGAACACAAAACAAUGGUUCUGGUCGAAGCAUGGGAGCUGUGAUAAUAAUAUCUGCGAUAACAGCUUUCUUAACAUGUGCUGGUAUUGCAUGGAUCAUCAUAACCAGACGUAGAUUUUCUGCUCCUCAUCCUGAAGAAGCUCUAACAACCGCAUUAUCAUCCUUUACAAAGCCAUCAGGAGGUGCUAGGUCUCUGGCGGUAGGCAGCAAAUCUCUUUCUAGUUCAUUGUCUUUUGGUUCUGGGAUGCUAAAUUUCACAGGUUCUGCAAAAGUCUUUAGUCUUGUUGACAUUGAAAAUGCCACUGAUGGAUUUGACACUUCAAGGGUCCUUGGAGAAGGUGGAUUUGGGGUUGUCUACAGGGGCAUUUUUUCUGAUGGAGAGCAAGUGGCUGUGAAAGUCCUGAAGAGGGACAAACGCGAUGGGAUACACGAGUUCUUAUCUGAAGUUGAAAUGCUUAGCCGUUUGCACCAUAAGAACCUUGUUAAAUUGCUAGGUAUAUGCACAGAAGACCAUAUUCGGUGCCUCGUCUAUGAGCUGGUUCCAAAUGGAAGUGUUGAAUACCACUUACAUGGAGUAGACAAGGAAGUUAUUGCUCCUCUUGAUUGGGCAACCCGCAUGAAAAUCGCCCUUGGGGCUGCUCGAGGUUUGGCUUACCUACACGAAGAUUCAAGCCCUUGUGUCAUCCAUCGUGACUUUAAGGCCAGUAACAUCUUGUUAGAACAUGAUUUCACACCAAAAGUGUCUGACUUUGGUUUAGCUAGAAAUGCAUUGAACGAGGGAAAUCAACCCAUCUCAACUCAAGUUAUCGGGACAUUUGGUUACUUGGCUCCUGAAUAUGCAAUGACUGGGCAUCUUCUCGUGAAAAGCGACGUUUACAGCUAUGGUGUAGUCCUACUGGAGCUGUUAACUGGAAGAAAACCGGUAGACUUUACAAAACCAGCAGGUCAAGAAAACCUAGUAGGAUGGGCUCUCCCAAAUCUUAUCAGCAAGGAAGGAUUGGAAAUAGUAAUUGAUCCCUUCCUAAAGUCAAGUGCUCCAUUUGACAGUUUCUCAAAAGUAGCAGCAAUUGCAUCUAUGUGUGUACAACCAGAGGUAUCCCGCCGCCCCUUCAUGGGAGAAGUUGUUCAGGCCUUGAAACUUGUUUGCAGUGAGCUCGACGAUGCAAAUGAACAAGGAUCAGGGAGUGAUUCCAACCAGCCAAAUGAUGAUAACAAGAGUGGACAAAUCCCAGAAGACUUUCAAGUUUUCCUUGGGACUCAUUAUUCUCCCCUUACGUAUGAAUCGAGUUGUGAUGUUAAGUUACCAUCACCGGCCCUGGAUUUGGCAAAUGUUUCAGCAGAAUUUCCACACAGUGAGUGUCAAUUUUCAGGAAGGCAUUGCAGCUCUGGUCCUUUGGGAUCGGGAAAGAAAAAAUCAUUCUGGCAGAGAUUUGGACGGUUUUCUAGAGAGAGCAUGAAGGAGCAUCUUUGGCCAGGAACCCAUUGAAAUUAAGAGAACUAAGCUAAUUAUCAGUUUAGCUAAUGCCAAUAUAUAAGCUGAGAAGCUAUAUUAUCUAGAAGAGAUAACCUGAAGUUUAUAGAACCUGGUUUGGACUUAUAAACUUGUCAGAUGGAACAGAGUUCAGAUAAUAUUUUAACUCCGGGGUCAUACUGUUGUUGGAGGCAGUGUGAAAACGUUGUUGAGAAUUAUUCCGAUUAUCAGCUGAAAUUAUUAAAAUCAAGCUCUACAGAAUGAGACUUCUGCAUGCUGUGCCUCUCUCGGCUGCUGUGUUCUGAGGUAUGGAGGUUUACACUAGUUCUUCAGCAUUUCAUUGUCCAAAUCAGAUACGUUUACGUUGGGUUAUUUAUGCUUUGAUGAGGAAUAAUUGUGAAUUAUGUAUCCUGCCUUCUCAAUUGAGCACUAGGUUUGAGUUUCAACUUUCAAACUACUAAAUGUAUGGAUAUCUGCUUCUCUCUAGAUAUAUGUUGAGCAACAAAUGAAGAAUUUGGUGAAAAUCUGUUUUUAAUUUCCGAUUUCA